AUAAUUAAAUAUCGCUAUCGAUACACGUAGCUUUUGAUGCUCAGAAGUCAGCGAUAAUAAAUUAUUGUAUGUUUUUGUAUAUAAAAUGGCAACGAAAUUAAAUGUAAACAUACGAACGCUGUUAACAAACUGCGAGGAUCUGGCAAAAAGCGAGGACAACUUUUGGCGGCUGCAAAAGUUCCUCAAAUCACUAGAAACGAUGGUUGCCGAGCUGGCGGCAAUGGAAGAUCCAUCGAGUGCUGCACGCAUACCCAGCUAUUUGGAGCGACUAGACGCGUUAAAGAAAAUCACUGGCUACACGACCAACAAUAAUUCCAAGCCUUCCGCGCGUAGCUCCGAUACAGACAUUGCGCUGCAGGAAAUGCGACAGCUCCAAAACACAGCCAGGCACAACGAGUUGCGUACGGAGCUGCUGCAAGAUGCGGAUGCACUGCGUCGCAGAAGAGUUGCUGAUGAUUCGGGGUCUCCUGGCGAAACCACCAGCGGCGGCAACAGCAUGAACAUGAACGAAGCCGUCAAGUAUUACAACAAUGCCCAGGAGAAGAUAACUGAGCACAUGCUCUCGCUGACGCGCAAUCUGAAGGAGCAAACGGAGACGGCGAAUCGUAUCAUCAAAAAGGAUACGGAAAUUGUAUCCCGUUCCUCAGGCGUGGCAGAUCGCAAUAUCAAUACACUCGGCAAAGAGGCCGAAAAGCUGGAACAGCAUUCACGCAAAGCCUACAAAUGUUGGCUCUGGUUGAUGUUUGUAUUUGUCAUCGUCGUUUUUAUAGCCAUGGUACUCUUUAUGAAGAUCAUGAAGAAGAAGAAGACAUAAGCUGCGAGCUGCUCACAACUACGAUUAUCAUAGUUCAAUAGGUUAUCACACUAAUAACUAAUGGUGUAAACAAUAUGGGAGAAAAUUCAUUAAACGAAAGCGAGCGCAAUUGGGAAGCAA